UUUUCAUCGGCAAAGAAAACAUUAAGACCAGACCAAAUAAGCCAAAAUACAAGUAAAGACCCGUGGAAGCUCAAAGUCUUGUACUGUAAUUCUCUUGUCAGCACUGGUCUGGACCAGAAAGCUGUCCACUUGAUCUUCCCAAAUUUAUGGUCUUUAUCUCACACAAAACCAAUCCUAUAUAUUAUCUACUUGUAGCUUAUCCUUCCUUGAAACACAAUCUACUGUCAUGGCCAACACAAAUGCUGAAUCACUCCUCUGUCUUGUUAAGGAUGUCACAAGAAUCUCUGCCGCAGGCUAUGAUGGUCCUUUCAAGAAAGAUUGCGUCGACCUCUCCCGUAGGAUUGUUUUGCUGUCUCAUUUGUUCGAGGAACUCAGACAUUUCAGCGGAGAAUCCAGGCCGUCAGAUAAUCUGGCUUCUUCUUCAACUUCUUCUUGUUGUUGUUUGUCUGAAUUUACUGUAGUUCUUGAGGCUGCAAAGACAUUGCUUUCUUCUGCCGCUAGUUUUGAUAUCAAUAUCUCCCCAGAAGGAGUUGCAAAGAAGAUCUCCUUUCAGUUUCAGUGCUUGACAUGGCAAUUGCAGACAGCAUUGAGAAACUUGUCAUUUGAUCAAUUUGACAUCUCAGAAGAAUUACAAGAACAGGUUGAUUUGGUAAGAGAACAACUGAGAAGAGCCACAGAAAGAUAUGGCGGUCCCGUAACUUCAUAUGUAUUAUCUCGCUCCUUCUCCCUGCCAGUGGAUCACAAAGUUACUAAAAAGUUGGAAAGGGCUGUAACUGGUAAUUCUUUGAAAGGCCAUGACCAAGGCCAGAUGAUUCAUAGCUUAGAAAGCAGGACACAUACUUCUGUAGUUUCAGGUCUCUCUGCACUUGAUAAUCCUGAUGAUGACAAUAUAGAUAGCUUAGCUACAAAGGGCUCGGUGGAAAACAAGAAGCUCAUUCCUCCAGAUGAUUUUCUUUGCCCGAUAUCUCUUGAAUUGAUGAGAGAUCCUGUUAUUGUUUCCACAGGACAGACAUACGAGAGAUAUUGCAUACAGAGAUGGAUAGAUUGUGGCAACAAGACAUGUCCAAAAACCCAACAGAAACUUCACCAUUUGACCCUUACCCCAAAUUUUGCGCUAAGAAGUCUUAUUUCUCUGUGGUGUAUAAAGCACAAUGUUGAUCAACCAACAGCCCUAGCAACUGGAAGGAUGAAAAGAAGUGAUGGAACAUUUUGUGAUGUUAGUGGAAAAGUUGCAGACAUUUUGGCUUUAGUUCGCAAGCUCUCAAGCCAUUUAACUGACGAAUGCAGGGCAGCUGUGACUGAAAUUCGAACACUAUCCAAACGAAGCAGUGGCAAUAGGAUUUUAAUAGGAGAGGCAGGAGCUAUACCGAUUCUUGUCAAAUUAUUGGUUUCUGAAGACAACAUAACACAAAAAAAUGCAGUCACGUCGAUACUAAACCUCUCACUCUAUCAGAGUAACAAGGGGCGCAUAAUGCUGGCAGGCGCUGUUCCUUAUAUUAUUCAAGUCCUCAGAGCUGGAAGCAUGGAAUCCAAAGAAAACGCAGCAGCAACUCUUUUUAGCUUGUCACUUGGUGAUGAAAAUAAAAUAAUUAUCGGUGCAUCUGAUGCAAUACCAGCUUUGGUGGAAUUGCUAGAGAGUGGAAGCACGAGAGGAAAGAAAGAUGCUGCAACAGCCUUGUUUAACUUGUGUAUAUAUCACGGAAACAAAGGCCGGGCAGUCAGAGCUGGGAUCAUUGCAGUAUUGUCUAAUAUGCUCAAGGAUACAAGCAGCUGUAUGGUAGAUGAAGCACUGACUAUACUUUCUGUUCUUGCUAGCCACCAAGAGGGCAAAGUUUCUAUUAUAAAAACAAUCACCAUUUCUGUGCUGAUAGAUCAUUUAAGAACAGGUGUGCCACGGAACAAAGAGAAUGUAGCUUCUAUUUUACUUGCAUUGUGCAAGAGAGAUCCUGAAAACUUGUCUUGCAUAAGUAGGCUGGGUGCAGUCAUACCCCUGUCGGAGCUUGUAAGAAGUGGCACAGACAGGGCCAAGCGGAAGGCUACCACAUUAUUAGAUCAUCUUCAGAAGUUGAAACAACUCUGACGUUCUUAGUCCAGUAGUAUCUCUCUUGCUCUCUUUACGUGAUGUCUAAGAGUUCGAAUCUUGUCUCUGGUCGGAGAAAGCAUAAUGUUUUUUAUUCUUUUAUUUACAGAUAAAUUUUGUGAUUUUACCAA